GACGGAAACUCUUCGCUUCGCAUCAAGCCAAUUAGGGUUUCGUUUCUCCCAAAUUCUAUUCCAUUUCCUUUCUUUUCAAGAGAAACAAUGGUGGUGGCGGUCAUCUUUUCUUCAAUUUUGGUGACCCUUUCAGGGGUUUUGGGGGAUUUGGCAGUUUUGCAGGUCCUAUGAACUUGACGUCCAGUUUGUUCAUUGGAAGGGACCCUUUUGAUGAUCCUUUCUUUACACGUCCUUCUGGAGGCAGGUUCGGCUCAAGCUUCUUCAGUCCAGGUGGAAGUCCUUUUGCAGACAUGAAUUCACCUGCAUUUAUUGAGGAUCAGCCUCCAGAACCUAUGAAAUCAAGGGGGUUUAUCAUUGAGGAACUAAACUCUGAUGAAGAAAAAGAAGAAUCGGGUAAAGAGAAGAAUAAAAAUCCUAGAAAGCAUUGUAGGUUAAUUAGUGGAGCUUAUGUUGAAGAUCCAGAUGAUGCAGCUGAAGAGAAAAGGAACAAGCGUUUGCAGUAUAGGAAAUAGCAGAAUAGGUUCUACAAUAAUCAGCAGCAGCCUCAAGCUAAUAGCUUCACAUUCCACAGCUCCACCAUCACUUAUGGGGGCACAAAUGGAGCUUAUUAUACUUCCUCAAAGACAAGGAGGAGGGGUGGUGAUGGAAUCACCUUUGAAGAAAGCAAAGAAGCUGACACAGCCACAGGGCAAGCAACACACAGGAUUUCUAGGGGAGUUUAGAACAAGGGCCAUUCACUAACAAGGAAGUUAACUUCAACUGGUAGGUGGACACCAUGCAGACAUCACAUAAUCUGAAUGAAGAUGAGCUUCCUAGUUUUUUUAAGAAGCUUGGAAUGGAAAUGCUUGAAUGCAUUUGCCUGGCUGGUCUGGGAAUUUCAGUGGGCAUGAAACCCUUAGUAAGAACUAUUUGGCUUCUCCCUCAUGGAUUAGUUUUUUAUGUCAUAAGAGCUGGUGACAGCAGACAGAAUGGGCAGGCAAGUCAGGGUGGUUGGGCGCUCCCUUCUACUGAGUGUUUUCAGCAGUCUGGGAGAGUUGUGCCAGAUGAAAGGGAAAAUGCAGGGCCUUCUCAUACCCAGCAUUCUACAAAGACGAGGGGAUUAUCAGAUACAAGGGAUGCGAGUGUAUUCUCAGGGGAGAGCAAGGAAUUAAAAGCAUCAAGUGGAGGUGGAUGCAGCAGUACCUUCUAGCACGAAGCACUGAAGUGUCUAGCUUUUACAAGCACCGAUCACCCCACACGGAAGUUAUCUUUAUCAUAGUUUUAGACGUACAAUUUCAGUUGUCACUUGUCUAGUUGCAUCUCUGUCAAGUAGAUAUACUAUUUAGGUGGUUAAUCUGAGGAUUCUGAGCAGGAGAUUGAUAUGAAUGAUACCUGUAAAUGUC